GAGAGAGAGACUGUCGGCUUUCGCCGGCGCUGCGGGCUUGAGCCUCGUCUCGCUCUCCGAGCGGCUGUGGGAGAAGGCUGCCGAGCCAGGGCACUGAAACUCCAGAGAGUAGCUACGGGGACCGUGAAAGUGCCUUCAGGGAAUCAGAUCUCUUUCCAGAUGAAGACACCAUGACCCUGGCCCAGCAAGAACUCCAUCAUGAGUCUGAUAUGGACAGUGCCAUUGAAAGUAACCACGGUUCAGAAGCAUCAGUUGUGUGCAAGGUUGAGAAGGAUGGUGUGUUGAAUGGCCUCUUCCUGCCUGGAGAUAAAUCAAGUCUGCUGAAUCCUGCAUCUUCUGAUCUUUCCACCUAUUCCACUGCCUCUCUGAUCAGUAAUGAAGAACAGUUUGAAGAUUAUGGAGAAGGAGAUGAUGUAGACUUCACCCCCAGCAGUCCUUGUCUUGAUGAUGAAAGCAGGACACAUGCAUAUUCUGACCUUGGCUCAUCCGUUUCUUCCAGUGCUGGUCAAACCCCACGGAAAAUGAGGCAUAUCUAUAACAGUGAGCUCUUAGAUGUCUACUGCACCCAGUGCUGCAAGAAAAUCAACCUCCUUAAUGAUUUGGAAGCCAGGCUGAAAAACCUAAAAGGCAACAGCCCCAACAGAAAGAUCUCUAGUACAGCUUUUGGCAGGCAGCUUUUUCACAACAGCAACUUCAGCAGUAGUAAUGGCAGCACGGAGGAUCUAUUCAGAGACAGCAUAGAUUCGUGUGACAAUGAUAUCACCGAAAAGGUGACUUACUUAGAAAAAAAAGUGACAGAGCUGGAAAAUGAUACUGUAACAAACGGGGACAUGAAGAGCAAAUUGAAGCAGGAGAAUACACAGCUUGUUCACAGAGUGCAUGAGUUGGAAGAACUGCUGAAAGACCAGGAGACUUCAGCUCAGCAGACCCUGGAAGAAGAGAUCAAGAGGCACAGAGAAGCCUACAGCAAAUAUGAGAAGGAGAAGAGCACGGAGAUUGAGCUGCUAAACACACGGGUUCAGCAACUGGAAGAGGAAAACUGUGAGCUCAAAACUACUGUCCUACGACUGAAAUCACACACUGAGAAACUGGACGAGGAGAAGCAGCGAAUGUCUGACAGAUUAGAAGAUACCAGUCUGAGGUUGAAAGAUGAAAUGGAUUUGUACAAAAGGAUGAUGGACAAAUUGAGGCAGAACCGGCUGGAAUUUAACAAGGAGAGAGAAGCCACUCAGGAGCUCAUUGAGGAUCUGAGAAAGGAGCUGGAACACCUUCAGCUGUACAAGCUUGAUUGUGAGCGUCCCGGCCGAGGAAGAAGCUCUUCCAGCUUGAGUGAAUUCAACGCCAAGACGAGAGAAAUGGAAAUGGAACAUGAAAUUAAACGUUUAAAACAGGAGAAUCAAAAACUCCAUGACCAGAAUGAUGACCUCAAUGGACAAAUCCUUAGCCUCAGCCUUUAUGAAGCUAAGAACCUUUUCGCAACGCAGACAAAAGCCCAGUCACUGGCAGCUGAGAUUGACUCUGCCUCCAGGGAUGAGCUCAUGGAAGCCCUCAAAGAACAGGAGGAGAUCAACUACAGAUUGCGCCAAUAUAUGGACAAGAUCAUCCUGGCCAUCCUAGACCACAAUCCGUCCAUCCUGGAAAUAAAGAAUUGAAGAUUGGGAAGGGAAGGGAGGUGGGCAGAUAGAUGCCUUUAGAUUCAAGUAUCUCUAUUUGCCAGUGUAUAUGAACUUAUAAAUAUAUACAUAUAUAUAACUCUCUCAAUACACAGGACAUGCAAAACACAAACACACACACACACAUACACACAUAUAUAUAUUAUAUAUAUAUAUAAAUAGGAAAAAAAAACUUGUGUGGAUACACAGGGCGUGUUUAUAUGAGCUUAGUAUAUUUUGUGACUCAUAAUUUCCAUCGAUCCAUUUUCCAUGCCCUUUUCUCUGUGGGGAUGCUAGGGAUUAUAACCGAAAAAUCACGAAACUGGAUUUGCACUGUUUUAGAUACUGGACAGAAAAAAAAAAUGAUACUACCUCUAGAUGAAAAGAUAAAACACGAUGGAAACUAACUGGUGCCAGGCCUUUUCCUAGCCUACAAACAAUACUGAGUGUUUAUGUCUUAUGAAUUGCCUCCCUGUCAUCAUCUCAGAAAUACCUUGUAUUAUCAGGUUGAAUUCUCACUGGUGCUGCUGGCUGUGUUGUUUUAACUUUUGCCCAAAUUAUGUUUCUGAAGUCCUCUCCUUGGAUCGGAAUGUAUGUAUGAUGCAAAAUGGGUAUUCCAGAAAAGUUACAGGUUUCUGCUUGAACCUGAGCUGUUUUAAUCAGAAAGCAGUUUAUACAUCUCAAACCCAAUUGGCUAGGAAUCUUUUGGGAUGAUAACCAGUCUGUUGUAUUCCAGGGGAAUCUGGGCUACCCAAGAAAACAAUGGGUCUUGAGGUUCCUUAUUUCCUUGAACUUGACUAUUCCGGAGGUGCUUUUUCUGGCUUUGGAUUUUAUCGCAAGAUCACCAAGGACUUAGUGGUGAGAGAACUGGGAUUGUAAAUGUGAGAUGCAUCGGGGUUACAAAAUAGUCCCAGCCCUAUUUCAGCUUCAGCAGCAGCAUUAAAAGUUGUGGUUUCAGGUAGCUAUUUGGUUCCACACAAAGGGUUUGUUCAUUGAUGAGAAUUCAGGGCUUCCACUGUAACAAAUAGAAACCAAUUGUUUUUAAAUCACUUUGUUUUAUAUUGCUUCAUGUCAGCAUUUGCAAAAGCCCCAUCUGCUAAUUAAAGCAGUUAAGAAGUGGAGAAAGAUUUUUUUUAGGCACUCAUGGGUGACCCCGACCCUGUUCUUAGAGGCAAGGCAACAUUUUAAAUGGUUCUUUUACAGGUUUAGGGAAAAGGUGUUUGUUUAUACACGUUAAUAUUUAUUUGAUGCAAUGUUGGAGUUUCACUGAAAAGUUUUGCCUGCUCCACUGGGGGGUGAUUAGGGCAGAAAAGCCAGAAACGACUUCAUCAAGCAUCACAGCUUCCUGCACUUACAGGAAAAUACUCAGCUCACUUUGUGCCAUCAAUAAAUAUUCUCACAUCGAUUCAGGCUCUUCACGUCUCUUGCCCUUGUUAUCAUCACUGUCACCAUCUCCUCCUCCUCCUCCUCCCUUUUUCUUUUCAAUUUUGCUUCUGUAACAUAGGCAUUCAUUUUAAGAGCAAAUCCUCAUGAGGAUAUAUCUUGUGCCUACCUUUGGUGUGGGAAGACCAUUUGGUCUUUUGUAUAUCGCCACCUAGGCGAGCUGUAAGGAAAUCUGUAAAGUUAAGUGAGGGUUUGUGCAGGGACCAUGGCGAAAAUGAGUUUUGUCCUUUUUACUUAAAGAUUGUUCCACAUCUGAGAUGUGUUUUGAUAAAAAGACAAAAAAAAAACAGGAUAAAGUCUUUAUGUGCAUUACAGUAACCAUUCAGGUGCAUGGAUAUAUGUGCAGUCACAUGCAUGUGAGAGAAGAGGAGUGUGUUAUUCUAUAAUGACCUGUGUGCAGGCUUCAAGGUCUUCCCACACCAAAGGUAGGGACAAGAUAUCCUCCCUGGAUAUCUGUAUUACGGUUCCAGAAGUCCUGUUCCAUAUAGGUGGUGUCCAAGUGUGAUGCGAUCUGUAGCCUAAAAAUAUCUAGGAAGCCCCAAGAUGGCCUUUCCCAUCACAUGCGAAAGGGAACUGCAUGCUCUGUGUAACAUAAAAAAACAAACCCUCUAUUGGUUCGUAUGUAUUAUUUUCUUCCAUAAGCACAGUUCAAAUGAAGCUGUCUUUUUUUCCCCCCUGGGGGUGUCCUGAGUAAAAUUUGAGAGUCUCUUCAAAGAAUAAAAAGAUUGAAUCUGAGAUUACUGUAACAGCUGAAGCUUCUAAGCAUUGAAACCCCAUUUCCAAAUUAUGUGUCAGGAUGGUAUAUAAACUCUAAAAUGAUGUUGUGCUUUAGUAGUUCACAUCCAAGCAAGUGUGUUUCUGCAUAAGUAUGAAUCUCAUCGGGAAAAACUGGGGAGGGGGGGCAGAGAGCCUUGUCUCUAUUGGCUGUGUUUUCUAAUUAGUAGCAAAGAGAGCUAAUAGUUAAUGCAAGGUGGUACUUGCUAGAGCCUACUUUUUAUUCAACAUUUAAGCUUCUUCUAAUGCCUCCUUUGCUUUUGAUCUUCUGCGUUUGGUGAGAAUGAAACUGAAUCCAUUGCAUCACUACCUUCUUUUUAAGUAGUCCAGUCAUGAUCAAAUACAGGAGAAUCCCACAUUCUUUUCCCAGCAGGAUUUGCCAAUCCUUUGCAUAGGCUGGAAGGAAUCCUGCUCCUGAAGGAACCACACACACACACACACACACACCCUUUCCCCCCCCUACAAUAUCCACCCACUGCAAACUGCAGCAAUGCUUCUUUUCUCUGCUUGGAAAGGGAGGUGAUGCUUUAUGUAGCAACCACAGACCUCUGGAGAAUUUAUGUUUUGACAGGUUGCCUUUCAAGAGUGAGGUUAAGGCUACUUACUCCAGCUUGUUUUUGGUUUAUGCUGCUGAUAUUUUAAUGGUGAGAGUUGAUGACUUCGUCAGUUGAGUGGACAGGGCAGGAAGCAAAAUGUAUCUGAAAGUUCUUGAAAGCUGAAAGAAUUAGGCAUGUUGACUUUGGGGAAGAUUGAGGGGGAGAAGUUCUGACAGAGAGGGGAAAAAAAAUCUCCACGAGUUAGGUGAAGUGAAGAGGCGGAUGGAUAGAAACUGAAGGAAGGGCUUUAUAUGAAACACGGGAGUAAUUCUGACCGAAGAGAGUAAAGUGGUUUCCAAGAGGUGGCAGAAAGGCAGUCUUGCUUGCAAAUGAUUCAAUUGGUUUGGAUUAGCAAGCAUCGAGAAAAACCUUCCCAAUGUGGUGCCUCUUAGGUGGACGGUGCAUCUUGCAGUAAGCUAUCCUCCAGUCCUCCCAAAAAGCACCAAGUCAAGAACGGCUGGAUUAGAUAACCUGAUUCCCUUACAAGUCAGGGGACUGUAUUAAAUUAGUUCUUUACUACCAAACCUCAAUCCACACAGUAUUCAUGGUUGUCUUCAAAUGAGUCUUUGUGCCCAUUUGCUUUCUUCUUUGCUCAUAGAUGAUCCAUAGAAAUGUGAAGCAAUGUUUUGGUGAUGUUUCUAGGGGUCAACAAUUUCUUUAGCCAGUUGUCUGUUUGUAUUAUAUGACUGCCUUUGCUUUAGCACAACAGGUUGGGAGAAACAAAUGCAGAUACCUGAGGCCUGUUUGUCAGCAUAGCUUGUUUAGAAUUCAUUUCCCUGGACAUAAGUUUAUACAAAUGGUAAUGUUUUCCAGCAUGACUUCAGAUCAGGAGUUGUUGAAAAGCUGAUCAGCUCUUCUGAUGAACGUGUUUGGACAGCAGUACAACAUUGUGUUGUAAUGCAGUAAUAAGGCCAAAAAGGAGGGGCUGUAGCACAUUAACAGAGGGUAACUGUUUACUUAUGAUUGAAUAUGAUGGGAAAUUUUGAGACAGGUUCAUUUACAUGCCUCUGAGUCAAGCCUGCAGGAGUUGGGUGGCUUUAGUAGUGGAAAAUGGAAGCAGAGUGGAUUGCUGGAUUACAUUGAAACUAUAGCUGAUAGGCCUCUAGCUGAGAGAAAGUCACUAUUUCUGAAUAGGCAUGGAUACAUUUGUGCUAUACAAAAAAAAAAAAAUGCCAUGCAGGACAGGAAAAGGAAUGUUGCUAGUUAAAAUUGGGUUUAAUCUGUAGGCACAACACUUGUUUGCUAGGAAAGGUGUCCUAAUUUUAAGGGUUACAGAUGUUCCCAUUGAACUGCAGGAUCUUCAUCACUGGAAGUUUUAUUUUUUUUAAAGACGUUAGCUGCUGAGAAUUUUGGAAGUCCACAUAUUUUAGAGAUUACCCAGUAGGGACCAGUUCAAUGUUGUGCUUCAAACAGUAGUUAUCAUUCUACGAUCAAAAGAACGCAAGGUUUUUUUUUGCAGUGGUUCCUUAAGUAAAUUUCUGUUGCUGUCUGUUGGGCAGAAUAAUUUGUCAGCUCUUGUAGAUCACCAGUGCAAGGUGCAUGUUGUAAGGAGGUCAGCCUAAUCCAUGUGUAAACCUGAGUAUGAGAGGCUGCUAAAUAGAUAGGAAUAACUUUUAAGAAAUGGAAUAUACCAAUGGGAACCUACCAAUAGUAGUGUUUUCUCAAGAUAAUUUCUCAUCACACCAUCAAAACACGUUUAUGCUUGCUUAGAUUAAAGUAUGCUAGUGUAUGCUUGCCUAUUGAGCCAGGAUUUCUUGUGUAUUUAUACAGUGGGGCAAGGCACUGAGGUAACAAUUCAAACAUAGUUGUAACAAAAUAGUUUGCUUUCACUUGAUCCAGAGGCUUUAAUAGAACUUCAAAAUUCUGCUAAGGUUGAUGAACAGCUGGUUGAACCUGAGACACUUGGUUCUCUGUCUCCCUUAUUGGUUCUCGUCCCGACUUCUAGUUGUUGGAGCGCCUUUGAUCCAGUUUGUAUUCUGUGAAAGCAAAAAAUAACUGCUUCUCUAAAGGCAGCAAGUGUUCACUGGACAACAAGUAAUCCCUGAGGUUAAAACAAUUAACUCUCAAAACGUUUAGUACGAUUUAAGACAUCCUGACCACCAUGGAUCUUACACUAAAGUUGUAGGUUUGAUUUUUCAUUGAAAUCAUGAAUACAGUUGCAUAUUACAUUGAACAGGAUACAUUUGUACUGUUCUAUUUUGAAUUUAUGAUAUGGGUGGUUUAGUCACUUUUCCUAUAUCCAUUAUUUAAAAUUGUGAAUUUCAGGAAAGCAUUAUUCAUCUCAGCAACAAAUGAACUAGAAAUUUCCUACCCAGUAGUCUGUAUAGUAGGGCACAAGUUUGAAUCUCUCAGUGAAAACUAAAAUGUUAUCAAAAUAUUUAAUUUUUAAGAAUUGAUCAAUCAAUCUUCAUUCCAAAACUCAGAUUCUGAAUUUUAGCUUUCAAAUAAUGAUAGAAGCCUUGACAACCAUUAUUUGGCUUUUGAGUGUUGAGUUAUGGGAUAUGAAGAGAAAGUAAAGAGAGGCCAAAGAAAAAUUGUACUUUAUAAAUCUGAACUUCUGGUGUUUUGGCUUAAAUAGCAUUGGUGGAUUUUAACCCUUUAGGACAAAGAAUUGGCUGUACAUAUUAUUUCCUUCACUGUGUUCCCAAAGCAAUGGUCACCUGUAGCUGAGUUUUGCUUCUGGCAAAGUGAGGCCCUUGUAGCAGCUCUCUCUUUGGCUGAUAAAUGGGGUCAAGUUGAGUUCCCUUUGGCUGUGAUUGUAUUCCUGGCAAGAAAAAACGGUAUAGCUUCCCUGGAACCCUAGAUUUCCCCUUGUUGAUGAUAGGAAAAAUAAGAGUGUGUUCCUCUUCUGCUUUCUGAUCUUAAGAGUUCAUUUUUUUGGAAAAUUAAUCCAGUGUUAUCCUUGUACUUCUGCAGUGGCAUGUCAAUUUCUCAGAAUUACAGAUAGGGCCUGUUCAGAAUGCCCAUGCAUGUACAUAAGUAAGAUUAUAAGAGGAAAAAGGUAGGAACACUUCACCAUUAAAGACCGGAGCUAUAAUUACGCAAUUCCUGAGUGCAGAUUUAUCACUGCUGCUCACCCCAACUUACUGAGCUGGUCUUUCAAGAUGAGCAGGGCAGAAAAAAAAUAAGGACCUUUGAUCUGUAUGUUACAAGGCAGUAGUUAUGUUCAAUUUCCAAUGUGUUUUGGUACUGAUAGAAAUUGAGAAUUGUUGUAUUUUUUUAUUGUGGGAACCACUACUGUAGUUUCGCUUUAAUGCACAGAAUGUAGUUAUGUGUAAGGAUUGGAUUUUUUUAAAAAAAAUAUUUUGCAUGAUUUUAGUAUUUUUGUGCCUUCUACUUGACCGUGUACAGGAUUCAUGUCUAUUGAAAUUCAUGCUAUUGGCCACAGGUUUUAUAUGUUUGAGGUCUUUUAUUUUUAUUCAGUCUUUAUUUUGUCAUCCCUACCCAAACAAUCUACUGUAAAUGUGUAUAUAUAAAAUAGAACUAAGUUUGUAUUUCAUGUGCCUCACUAGAAUGUAAAAAAA